AUGGAGCCGUCUCUGGAUUCUUUGAACAUAUCGAUUUUGGCUGCUAACGACAGUUUCCCCGAUACAAGUUUAAUAGCUCGGUGUCUUACCGAGGGUACGGCAUUUUGUAUAAUAUCACAGGAAUGUAUCACACCAGGUACUGUUGAACCUUUCCUCAUACUACCGACUAGCAUGAUAUUUUGUGACGGCAUUUUCGCCAGGGUACUGAGACCCCCGGCCUGCGUGAUUAGCCGUGCGGCCAGGGCACUGCCUAUUAUGGCACUGACGUUUGGCGCUAGUAGUGCCAUUCGACUCUCCAGGUACACUAGUAUCUGA